UUUUUAAUUCAGGUCUAGCCUACUGAUAAUUUAAAUUGCCCCCAAAGAAAUCAACUUUGGUUGAGUGCGCUUCUAACUGGACUUUCUAUCCAAAUUUCCCCACAUACAAUUGAUUCUCUUCACAUUAUAAAUGUAAAUCAGAUGCAUAAUUCCACCCCCCACCCCCACCGCAUGGGUUCCCACUAGAAAUGAAUGCUAGCUUUAUUUAUAAUGGCUUAAAAGUGGAAAAAACCAACAUGUCCAUCCACAUGGCUAGUAGCUACUGUACUGGAUCAUCACAUGGCUGACUCUUUGCCACCUAUGUCUCAGCUCUAAUGUCAUUUCUUCAGGGCCUUUCUAAAACCAAUCUAAGGUAGCUGUCUGCCAUCACACUUUUUUUUUGAGCACUUAUCACAUUAUCUCCAAUUAUUUUUAUUUAUUCUUUGUACUCCACGAUAGUGUAAAUACCAUGAAAAAUGGAAUUUUUUUUUGGUUCAAUACUGUUAUCACCAGGGGCUAAAACUGUGCCUUGCACAAAGUAGGCAUUCAGUAAUUAUAUAUUGAAUACAUAAGUACACAAUUUUAAAUCUUUAACUAUGUUUUUUAGUAGUAACUUUUAAGUGGGCAAAGAUACUAUGUCAAGUGACUCACCACUGGCAUGCAGAAAGCUUGUGUAGCAGGCCACUUCUCCAGAAAGCCUCCCCUGACCCCCCAGUUCUGGGGUAGGUGUCUCUCAUAUGAUUACUUGGCAUCCAGUGCUCCCCCAUCAAUGCCUUUAUAUUGUAACUGAGUUUAUUUGUUUUUAUGUCCCACUGAACUGUAAUAAGGAUCUUGACUGAAAUGAACAAAUGUCAAUAGCUUGAAUACCUUUUUCACAUAGUUCACGGCUUCAUUUUUCCAAAUCAAAACAUGGAAACACUGGGAAGUAAGUGAUUACGGCUCAGUUACCUAGAGGUUACAUUAUGCAAGUGGCAUGCUGUGGCCAUCAACAACAGGUUCCACUGAUUUAUGAGGUAUUGUUUGAGGCUUCCAAAGAAAUAUAGGGUAAAUCAUCCAGGGGGUUCAGGAUGGUCUGGAAUGACUCUGGACUAGCUCCAUUUGGAAGGUCUAGUCCCUACCCCAACCCCAGAAUGACACCAUAAUGCAGCCCUCUCUGACAUCAGCUUGCCACACAAUCUAGUACCCUAUCAUCUCCUAGCAGUGGCCCACAGUAACAUUGUCUUCAAUGUAAAAUGUGCCUAUUUGCAGUCACUCUACCACCACCACCAGCACAGCCUGAGCUGAGAGGAAAUCACCGUUCUCACUACCCAACCGCAGCACCUUCUUCCAACAAUUUGUUAAAACAUGGUAGAUUACUAUGAAGUUCUAGGAGUGCAGAGAUAUGCUUCAUGUGAGGACAUCAAAAAGGCUUACCAUAAAGUAGCACUUAAAUGGCACCCUGACAAAAAUCCAGAAAAUAAAGAAGAAGCUGAGAGAAAAUUCAAAGAAGUAGCUGAAGCAUACGAGGUAUUAUCAAACGAUGAAAAACGGGACAUUUAUGAUAAAUAUGGCAAAGAAGGAUUAAAUGGCGGGGGUGGAAGUAAUAUUGAUGAUUCUUUUGAGUAUGGCUUCACAUUCCAUAAGCCAGAUGAUGUCCUUAAAGAAAUUUUUGGUGAAAGGGACUCAUUUUUAUUUCUUUUCUUUGAAGACUCACUUGAGGACCUUUUAAAUAGUCCAAGAACUUCCUACGGAAGCAGAAACAGAGGUGCAAGAUCCUUUUUCUCUACCUCCAGUGAAUAUCCAGUGUUCGAGAGAUUUUCUUCAUAUGACACAAGAUAUACACCACAUGGUUCACUGGGCCGUGAGGGCAUUCAUUUUUUCUCUUCUCCAGCAUUUGAUGACAGUGGGAUGGCCAACCAUGUAUCUUUUACAACUUCACAUAAAACUGCUAAUUCUGGUAUUGGCAGAAAUACCAAUACAAACAGAAUUAUUGAGAAUGAUGAAGAAAGAGAAGUUGAAGAUGACAGCGAGUUGGAGCCGUUCCUUGUAAACGGUGUGGCAGAUGAAGAGGACUUGGCAGAAGAACGCAGCUGGAGAAGGCGAUCAUUCAAUUAUUCACCCAAGUCCUACAGCUCCAAACAUGCACCUCAAUAUACUUGUGUGGAAAAUGACCAACAUACACCUUCGGUCACCAGCAACAGGGAUCCCUCUGUUUUCUCAGCAGGACUCAAAGAAGGUGGUAAGAGGAAAAAAAAGAAGCAUAAAGAGGUGCACAAGAAGUCAACCAAAAGGAAUCAUUAAAUUGACUCUUCAGACACAUUAUGUUCAUAUAACAUCUGAAUGUGGCUCUUUGUUUUGAUUAGUCAGAGUUUUGUAGGUAACUUUUGUUUAAUAUAGUAAGACUAUGUUUUAACACGAUUAGCAGGUUGUGGACAUCUGGUCAGCGGUUGUUUGGAUUAGGUAUGUCUGAAAAAGUUGUGUUUGUGGUGACAGUGAUGUUAAUAAUUUGUAAAGUGGCAAAGAUUAGUUUACUUUUGUUUUGGAGCUAAAUGUUUACAUAUCAGUUUUUUAGUAUAGUUUAUGGUCUAUUUCAUUAUUUUUCUUUUAAUGAAAACUACAAACUUUCUUAAAUAUGUAUAGCAUUAGGAACUAAAAACAUACUGAGACAUACAGGUUCAGAAUAUAUAAUUACUCAUGAAAUAACUUUUUUUCCAAUAGAGGCAAAGCAUUUGACACAGAACUUAAAGACAUUAUAAAUUAAAGUAUAAAGUAUUUUCUUUUAAGUUAAAAA